AAUGGACGCCGGCUACUUUCGCGGAGCCAACUCAGAGCAGGAUGGACGAUUUUCGGAUAAAGAGAAGAAAUUGUUGAAAACGAUGAAGUUUGAGCCGCAGUUAGAGCAAAAGAUCGACCUGAAUCGCUGCAAUAUGGACGUCAUCAAGCCGUGGAUUACGGCCCGUGUCAACGAUAUACUGGGGAUGGAGGAUGAUGUCGUUGUCGAGUAUAUUCUAUCACAGAUUGAUGAUAAGAAUUUGAAUCCGAAGCUUUUACAGAUCAACGUCACAGGCUUCCUGAACGCCCGUCGCGCCCGGGAAUUUGUCGGCGACCUCUGGAAUCUGCUCAUCGAGGCAAAUGCAUCAGAAGACGGAAUUCCAGCAUCGCUAGUCAAUCAGAAGAUGGCCGAGAUGAAGACAAAUGAUCGUGAUGAGAAGGGCGACGAUCGGGAGGAUAACGACUGGACAAAUCGCUACAAGACCCUGAGUAACGGGCGGUACACUGGUCCGGCUCGGGAGAAAGCCGUCCGCGACGAUCGUAUUCCGGCAAGAGCGCUGAGCCCGAGAAAAACUCCGCCACGACGGAAUGCGAGUCCUGGAGGAGAUGGUGGUGGAGGAUCACCGGCCGCCAGACGAGGUGGAUCUGCCGGGAAUCGGAGAAGAUCACCGCCGAGAAGGGGCUCGCCGAGAAGAGGAUCCCCGCGAAGAGACACCAGAAGAAGCCCACCACGACGACGUGGAUCUCCGCCGGCACGGGGAGGAGAUCGUCGGGAUCGUCGGGAGGAUCGCCGUCCAGUCCGUGACGAGAAAGAGCGGGAGGAAGAGUCGCGUCGGCGAGAAAUUGAGCGUAAAAAGCGUCAUGAAGAGGCAGAGCUCCGUCAGAAGGCUAUAGCUUCAGUGGCGGCCAGAGCCAAGUCUGGAAGCCCGAGACGACGCAGGUCUCCAUCUGCGUCGAAGAGCCCCCCGCCAGCGAGAAGACGCCGCUCACCAUCUCAAUCCAAGAGCCCAGCUCCAAAAAGAGCAAAAUCCAGAUCGAAAAGCCCACCGGCUCCAGCAAGAAGAAGAAGAUCCCCGUCAGCUUCGAAAAGCCCACCGCCGGCUCCAAAAAGAGCAAAAUCUAGAUCCAAAAGUCCGCCGGCUCGGAGACGCCGAUCUCCGUCAGCUUCAAAGAGCCCACCGGCUCCACGAAGACGCCGCUCCCCGUCCAAAUCCAGAAGCCCGGCUCCAAAAAGAGAAAUUCCUCCAGCUCGGAGACGCCGAUCCCCGUCAGCUUCAAAGAGCCCACCGGCUCCAAAAAGAGCCAAAUCUAGAUCCAAAAGCCCUCCGGCUCCAAGACGUCGCAGAUCUCCAUCUCAAUCCAAAAGCCCGGCUCCACGAAGACGCCGCUCCCCGUCGAAAAGCCCACAGGCUCCAAGACGCCGCCGCUCUCCAUCCGGCUCAAAAUCUAGAAGCCCACGACGUCGCCGCUCCCCAGCAGCAGCUCCCCGCCGUCGCCAGAGCCCACAGAGACGAAGAUCCCCGCGAAGACGCCGCUCCCCAUCAUCAUCAUCCAGAAGCAGAAGCCCACCACCACCACCACGUAGACCACGUCAGGAUUCGGAGCAGCAGGCUCCGGUGGCCGUAAAGAGCCCGGAAAUGAAGAAACGGCGGCCGAAUGAUACGGAUUCUGAUGUUUCUGUUGAUUCGGAGGCGGAAGAGGAGCGUCGUCGUAAGAAGGCAAAGAAGGAGAAGAAGGCCGCCAAGAAGCAUAAGAAGGAGAAAAAGAGCAAAAAACACCGAAAACGCCGUUCACCAAGCGCAUCCGAAUCGGGAUCUGAAAGUGACUGAAACUAAAAAAAAAUUUUAAUUUUUUUUCAUUUUCCUAUUGAUUACUUUUUUUUAUUGUUAAAAAAUGGUCUCUGUCCUCUCAUUUAUUUAUUUUUUCUUUUUUUUCCACAUUUUUUAAAUCGUUUUUCUCUUUUUUCCUGCUGUUCCCCUCCGCUAAACAAGUCUAAAAAUCUGUUUUAUUCAUCAUUUUUUAAUCUAUUAAACUGUCUCGCCUCGA